AUGACCACACCCGCCGCCCCACCUCAACGUCUAACCCAACUCCCCGGCUACGACACCGCUCCCGACGUCUACGAAACCGGCGGCCGCACCUCCAGCAGUUUGUCCAACACAUCUUCCCAUUCCGCCGACGGUGGAGCAAACACAUCUGACACCUCCGACCCGGAAGACGAAGAGGAAGAUGUCUCUACAAGUGGAUAUGGAGUUAGUAGGAGGAGACUACAUCCCGGACAAGCGAGACGGCGGUUCGUGGGAGCGAGUCGUGGGGUUGAGACGAGAGGGGUGGAUUAUGGUGAUCGGGUUGAUGGAAAGCGGAGGGGGCUGACGAAGAGGAGUAGGAGGGUUGAUGUGGAUAGUGAGGAGGAAGAGGAAGGGUUGGAGGCGAGGAUCGCGAGGUUGAGGAGGGAGGUGGAGGAGUGUCGGGUUGAGGCUGAGAAGGAGAGGGGAGAGGAGGGUGAGGGUGGAGGAGAUGGGAUGGGAUAUUUGGAGGAGUUGGGACGGAUGAUUGGGGAGUUGGACGGUGGUGCGAAGACGAGAGGAGCUACGGGAGGACACAAGAGGACAGGAUCGAAGUAUCACGACGCGCCCACGAUUCCACCCACCGCUACGGCGAGUACACAACCAUCGACGUCAACGCCAGAGCGAAGUGAACCAGUCGACGAGCAGACCCUCACCUCAAUCACUACCUUCGACACCCGCCUAACAGCCCUCGAGUCCGCCCUAGGCCUCUCCUCCCUCGACCCAACAAGCCAAAUCUCCGUCCUCACCGCACCCCUCCUCCCAACCCUCACCCUCCUCGACCAACAACUCGCAACCCUCAGUUCAGCAACCUCCCUCUCCGCCCUCGAAGCCGCUUCAUCUCGAAUCCACAAAUUGAAAUCCGAAGCCGCGUCCUUGUCCCAAUUACAAUCUCAACGCGGUCCACCGACAGCCAAUAACAACAGCGCCUCCACACCCUCCGCUUCAACCCCUACCACUGACGAUGAAGAAGAAGAAUCAACAACCGCGGACUCGGCCAAGCCAGCUACCUCCGCCCUGCUCAGCGCCGAUGAUUUGAAAACUUUGACGGAACUUCACGGCCUGCUUCCGACCCUGACAUCACUCACGCCGUUAAUACCCCACCUCACUACCCGGCUGCGGUCCUUGCGAACGUUACAUACCACAGCGGCCACGGCGGCGAGCGAUUUAGAUGGGAUUGAGAAACGGCAAGCGGAGAUGGAGAGCGAAUUGAGAGUUUGGAGGGAAGGGUUGGAGAAGGUGGAGGAAGCGGUGAGGGAGAGUGGCGAGGCGAAUGGACGGAAUGGAAAAGUGGUGGAGGGGUGGGUUGGGGAGUUGAGGGAGCGGGUGGAGAAGUUGGGUCGAUGA